GAAAGGCAAAUUAAAGAAACAGACAGUCCACCUUCCACGGCACUAGUACUUUCCUAGAGAGUACAGUAUAAGUAUGGAGGAGCCGAAUUAGGAACAGUUUGGGCAUCACAAAUUAAUAAACUUACAGGUAUAUAUGGCAACAAAUGUAAUGGAGAUAAACCUGCUGGGCACAAGCCAGUCUCCAAGGGCACGAUGCCCAGCUCCAUUUUUAUCGAAGACAUAUGAUUUGCUAGAAGGAGUUGCAGAUGAUGAAGAUGAUGAUGAUGAUGACAAGAGAAAUAUAGUAUCAUGGAAUGCUGAGGGAACUGGAUUUGUAGUAUGGUCUCCGGCUGAGUUUUCAGAGCUCAUGUUGCCUAAAUAUUUCAAGCACAACAACUUCUCUAGCUUCAUUCGCCAACUUAAUACAUAUGGAUUCAAGAAAACAUCAUCCAAAAGAUGGGAAUUCAAGCACGAGAAGUUCCAGAAGGGGUGUAGAAAUUUGCUAGUAGAGAUCACCAGGAAGAAGUGUGAGCCAAGUAUCUUUCCAGCAUACCUAAAGGCUUCUGAAGAGAACACCAUGACUGCCAUGGAGGAAAAUAAUAAUCAUCAGCUACUCCUGGAGGAGAACAAGAACCUAAGGAGAGAGAAGUUGGAAUUGCAGACUCAAAUAGCACAGUUCAAGGCACUAGAAAUUAAGUUGUUGGAUUACCUAACUCAAUGCAUGGGAAACAACCAGAAUAAAGUUAGGAGGCUAUGUUAGGUUAUGAGAAACGCAUGUUUGUAUUGAAGCAUGGAAUUUAUUUUUCACCUUUUCUUCA